ACUGUUCUAAAUGAGUUCUCGUAGGGGAGCUGCUUUAGGGGAGAAGGAGGCCCUGGGAGUUAACCUUCUUUCUCUCCAUAUUCUAUUUGUGUAGGCAUUCGUUUAAAUGCGCGGAAGCAUGUGUAGGGGCUGACUGUCCUCUCCGCGGCCAUGGAAAAGGCGGAGACAGAACCCCUCCUUAUUGCCGCUCCACCGAGUGGCCGCGUCCAUUCGGCGCCCGGUCGCCCGAUUUAAGAGGUGGGGAAAAGUGUCCGCUUUAGGGAUCGCAAAGCGUGGCGGCCCCAUGGCUCCGCUCGGAGACGUCCCGCGGCUGGUGCUGAUGUUCAGCGGGAAGAGGAAAUCCGGGAAGGACUUCGUGACCGAGGUCCUGCAGAGCAGACUCGGAGCGGACGUCUGUGCUGUCCUCCGGCUCUCCGGUCCGCUCAAGGAGCGGUAUGCUCAGGAGCACGGCUUGGAUUUCCAGAGACUCCUGGAUGCUAGCACCUACAAGGAGGCCCAUCGGAGGGACAUGAUCCGCUGGGGGGAGGAGAAGCGCCAGGCGGACCCCGGCUUCUUCUGCAGGAGGAUCGUGGAGGGCGUCUCCCAGCCCAUCUGGCUGGUGAGUGACGCACGGAGAGUGUCUGACAUCCAGUGGUUUCAGGAGGCCUAUGGGGCUGUGACGCAGACGGUCCGUGUGGUGGCCACGGAGCAGAGCCGACAGCAGCGGGGCUGGGUGUUCACACCAGGGGUGGACGAUGCUGAGUCAGAAUGUGGCCUGGACAACUUUGGGGCCUUUGACUGGGUCAUCGAGAACCACGGAGAUGAGCAGCGCCUGGAGGAGCAGUUGGAGCACCUAAUAGAAUUUGUCCGCUCCAGACUUUAGCUGUCAGGGUCUCAGAGUGAGCUGGGGGCUGCCGGGGUGAGGGUGGCUUGCUGAUUCUGGCCGAGGUUGGGGAGCAGACAGAGGGCCUGGGUCUAGGCUUCUGGGGGCUGGCACAUGUCAGACAAGUCAAGAAACUCCUGGGAACCUCAUUUCUUCAUGGAGAGGACAGCCCUGUGUCUUUAGAAGGAGACUUAAAGGGCAAAGGAGGGCGAGUUGGCUGUGCUUGAAGCAGAAACGUCACCAUCUCCAUGGGUGCCAGACCUAUCGGCCUGUGGUGGCCUUGCUUCCCGGACUGGAUGCUCUCAGCACUUUGUUCUGGGCAAGAACCCGCGGCUCCCCGGUGUGGAUGCUAAUAAACCUUCUUGGAGCACCUGCUCAGA